CUGAGUGGACGUGCAAGAGGAGAUCGCUGGUGAGAGUAGAGGAGAUGGGCGGCUCGUGUACCUCAACCGGCACAAUUUUAUAUAGUACUUAAUUUAUUAAUUUCCGCGUUUUACUUUAUUGUAAUUAUUCAGUCAAGGGAAGAUGGCUCAGUCAGACAACAAGAAAUUUUUCGAGAACCUGACGGGCGCUGGGAAAUCCAUAGCAGUGCUGACGAGCGGAGGGGAUGCGCAAGGGAUGAAUGCUGCUGUUCGGGCUGUUGUCCGUAUGGGAAUCUAUGUUGGAGCCAAAGUCUAUUUUAUUCAUGAGGGAUAUCAGGGCAUGGUGGAUGGGGGUGACAACAUCAAGGAGGCAAAAUGGGAGAGUGUGUCCAGUAUGCUUCAAGUGGGUGGCACCGUUAUUGGCAGUGCACGAUGUAAAGAGUUCCGCACGCAUGAGGGCCGCCUGAAGGCAGCACAUAAUCUGGUGCAGAGGGGCAUCACCAACCUGUGUGUGAUUGGUGGAGAUGGCAGCUUGACUGGGGCCAAUCUCUUCAGAGAGGAGUGGAGUGGACUGCUGGCAGAGCUGGUUCAGCAAGGCCUAAUUGAUGAAGAGGCGGCUCAGAAAUAUUCAGCUCUUCAUAUCGUGGGUAUGGUGGGCUCUAUUGACAAUGACUUCUGCGGCACUGACAUGACCAUAGGAACAGACUCAGCCCUACACAGAAUCAUUGAGGUUGUGGAUGCAAUCAUGACUACAGCUCAGAGUCACCAGAGGACAUUCGUGCUGGAGGUGAUGGGCAGGCAUUGUGGUUAUCUGGCACUGGUAAGUGCCCUGGCUUGUGGAGCUGACUGGGUGUUGAUUCCUGAAAUGCCCCCUGAGGAUGGCUGGGAAGAGAAAAUGUGUCAAAAACUCUCAGCGAAACGUGCAGGAAUGAAAAGGCUGAAUAUCAUAAUAGUAGCUGAAGGUGCGAUUGAUCGUAACAACCAGCCCAUUACCUCUGAUCAUGUAAAGGAUCUGGUGGUCCAGUGUCUGGGAUUUGACACACGUGUGACCAUCCUGGGCCAUGUCCAGAGAGGAGGGACUCCAUCGGCAUUCGACAGGAUUCUGGCCAGUCGUAUGGGUGUGGAGGCCGUUCUGGCUCUCCUCGAGACCACUGCAAACACACCAGCCUGCGUGGUGUCUCUGUGUGGGAACCAGUCUGUGCGCCUGCCCCUCAUGGAGUGCGUGCAGAUGACUCAAGAGGUGCAGAAGGCCAUGGAUGAGAAGAAAUUUGAAGAGGCCGUACAGCUGCGUGGCAGGAGCUUUGAGAACAACUUGAAGACGUACAAACUGCUGGCUCACCGCAAACCAGAGUCUGAACUUCCACAAAGCAAUUUUAAUGUGGCUGUGUUGAACGUGGGUGCUCCUGCAGCUGGCAUGAAUGCAGCCGUGCGCUCAGCUGUACGAGUGGGCAUCUCUGAAGGACACAAAAUGUUCGCUGUUAGCGACGGUUUUGAAGGAUUCUAUAAGGGACAGAUAAAAGAGAUCAAAUGGGCAGAUGUGGGUGGAUGGACAGGCCAAGGCGGAUCCCUGCUGGGAACUAAACGAACCCUUCCUGCAAAACACAUUGACAAAAUUGCAGAACAGAUUCGGAUAUAUAACAUAAAUGCAUUGUUAGUCAUUGGAGGAUUUGAGGCCUACCUGGGGAUCAUGGAGUUGUUAGCAGCCCGUGGGACUUAUGAGGAAUUGUGUAUGCCAAUGGUCAUGGUGCCGGCAACUGUCUCCAACAAUGUGCCGGGCUCAGACCUCAGCAUUGGUGCAGACACGGCUCUGAACGCCAUCACUGAUGCGUUAGAGUGUCUGCUGCAGCUGUGUGAAGCUCGGUCCAACUAUGAGGAGUUUUGCAUCCCGCUCUGUAUUCUGCCUGCAACCAUUAGUAACAAUGUGCCUGGCACUGAUCUUAGUAUCGGGGCAGAUACGGCCCUCAAUGCCAUUGUGGAGACAUGUGACCGUAUUAAGCAGUCUGCCAGUGGUACGAAGAGACGUGUGUUCAUCAUUGAGACAAUGGGUGGAUACUGUGGUUAUCUGGCCAGUGUUGGUGGUCUAGCGGCUGGAGCAGAUGCUGCAUACAUCUACGAGGAACCAUUUGAUAUCAGAGACCUACAGUCUAAUGUGGAGCACUUGACAGAGAAAAUGAAAACCAGCAUUCAGAGAGGACUAAUUCUAAGGAAUGAGAACAGUAAUGAGAACUACACCACAGACUUCAUCUAUCAGCUGUACUCAGAGGAGGGGCGAGGAGUGUUUGACUGCAGGAAGAAUGUUCUGGGUCAUAUGCAGCAGGGUGGCGCUCCUUCUCCAUUUGACCGUAACUUUGGAACCAAAAUCUCUGCUAAGGCCAUGCAGUGGAUCACCAAGAAACUGAAUGAAUGCUACAAACAAGGGAGAGUGUUUGCAAACACAGAUGACUCUGCCUGCUUGCUGGGUAUGCGGCGUCGUGCCUUGAUCUUCCAGCCUGUGGUUCAGCUGAAGGAUAAGACCGACUUUGUUCACAGAAUUCCUAAAGAGCAGUGGUGGCUGAAGUUACGUCCACUCAUGAAGAUCUUGGCCAAGUACAAGACCAGCUACGACGUGUCAGACUCUGGACAGCUUGAACAUGUAGCCGUCAAUCGACCCAAUGAGUCUGAGGCCACAGCCGCUAUUUAAACUCAUCCAAAUGAAGGCGACAAUUAAAGGUCAUGCUUCAGACGGGCACGUCUGUCCUGCGAGUGCUGUCAGACACUUUUGUUCUUUGGGCCUGCACCUUUUUGUUCUAUUGUCGCUUUGUUAGAAAAAUGUCACCUUUUGUUAUUUUACAGAACGCAUAUCGUAGAAGAGUCUGAAGCAAUGCUGUUUAGUUUGACUGUGUUUUAUUUGCUGUCAGUUCUGUUGCCACACUCCGAGCAGUGCUGUCACACUGUCACCUCUGCAAUAGUGUUAAGCUUCAAAGCACAAACCUCUCGCUCUCUAAAAUCCUCAGAAAGAAGCAAAAAUAAUUCCACUUUUCAGUGUCCACCACCGCAGUCCACACUUCAAGAGCACGGUUUGAUGUUUGAAUGUAUUAUGUCACUGUGUUUAUAUUUGCCUGACAAAUAAAGAUCACUAUGAAUGAAAA